GUGCAUGGAUUCAGUAGUUUUCACAAUAAAAUUCAUUGCAGUGUGAUUUUGUCUAUCAUUGACUCUACUUUGUGUACAGCAAUCUGAGCGUGUGCUGCCUUUGCGUAAAAAUAAUGACGAUUGUGUGUGGUGGUCGUGCGUGGAAAUCAGAGAAUAAAUUUUGACCGAACGGUGUUUAGCGAGUAUAACUUCAAUCAACGAUUCGACGACCUUUGGCCACUUAAAACCAAAAAAGUCUGCAUAACUUCUGAGAGAACCAUUGGCCCAGGAAAUGGCUCUAAAAGGGUUGAAGGUGCUGGAGUUCGCGGGUCUGGCACCCGGACCAUUCUGCGGAAUGGUAUUGGCGGACUUUGGAGCGACUGUCACUAGAAUAGAUAAGACGCCGAUCAACAGCUUGGAUGUGCUUCAGAGUGGGAAAAGAACGUUGGCUUUAGAUUUGAAGAAACCUAAAGCGGUGGAAAUAGUCCGAUCGCUAUGUCGUACAUCCGAUGUGCUAAUAGAACCGUUUCGACCGGGAGUGAUGGAAAAGUUGGGUUUAGGGCCGACUGAAAUCAUGAACGAGAACCCGCGGCUUAUCUACGCUCGAUUGACCGGUUUCGGACAAAAUGGUUCCCACGCGGCUCGAGCUGGCCAUGAUAUCAAUUAUGUGGCCCUGUCGGGAAUACUAUCUUUGUUUGGUAGAAAAGGCGAACGCCCAACUGCUCCGAUCAAUUUGGCGGCUGACUUCGCUGGCGGAGGCUUGUUGUGUGCUUUUGGCAUUCUGGCUGCCUUGCUGGAGCGGCAUCACUCGGGGAAAGGUCAGAUUGUAGAUCACGCUAUGGUGGAAGGUGCCGCCUAUGUUGGCAGUUGGCUGAUACGUUCGCAGAGCCUCCCUGUUUGGGGUAAGCCUCGUGGAGAGAACAUUCUGGACACAGGAGCCCAUUUCUAUGAUACGUUUGAAACCAAGGAUGGAAAGUACAUGUCGGUUGGUGCGUUGGAACCUCAGUUCUAUAAAGAACUCCUUCAAGGGCUGGAUUUGCCGAACAAUAUAUCGCAGUAUGAAGAUGAUGAUAAAGCGCGACAUCUGCUCGAGGCUGUCUUCCGAACCAAAACCAGAGAUGAGUGGACUGGAAUCUUUUCCAACAGAGAUGCUUGUGUCUUUCCGGUGCUCGAAUUGGACGAGGUAGAUAAGCAUCCGCACAACAGAGAGCGCAACGCUUUCCUAGAACGAAGUCAAACGAAGGAGAAUCAACUGGUUCCAACACCCGCUCCGAAACUCAGCAGGACACCUGCCGUAUCUGGAGCGCUAUCCGCAGACAAAGAUGAACUGCAAAUGGUGGAGGAAAUAUGCAAAGAGAUAGAUUUAGGAGCAAAGGAUGUUGUUGAACUGUGUAGGGAAAAAGUUAUUCUAACAAGUAUCAUGCCAAAGCUAUAGUUCAAUUAAUAUAGGAUCACUGUUUCGGACAGGGUACAGUAGAAACUUUAUAUUUAGGCUCUUAUUACUUUUAUUGGUAUCGGAACUGUGGCUUGGCUUUAAUUGUUGGUGAUAUAAACGACUUAUUUACAAGCACAUAACCUCUGUUCUCUAUCAUAUGACAAUCCGUAUAACAUCUACAGUUACUCAUAUUCGUACUGAACAUUGUUUUAACAUCAAGUUGGUAAAAUACUAUAAAAUGCUAUAUCGAACAUGAAAUACUCUUACAGUAGAAAUGUAGGACCUAUAUGUUAUCCAUUUAUCGACAAUAUAGGGAAAUAUGGUCCAAUGCGGAUCCUGCUUAAAUUCAAACCACCAAUAUUUCUGUGAAAUUUUAAAUUCGAAUCCCGUUAGUCAAUGCUUUCCUCGUAUUACAUGGUUUUGGCAUGCUGAUCUUUGUUUGUUUCCUCAAAAACUCCUACGAAACCUGCGAGAGCUCCGAAAAAUGGAGGAU